UGUAAAUUUCAAAUAAAAAAAACUGUUUUGCUGUUGUAGAGUGUUGGAAAUUUUAUUGUAUUUCUAUUGUGUAUAUUGAAGAUAAGAAAAGUUUGUACGAUUUUUAAAUUAGAGAGGUGUUUGGAAUAUAACAUGCCUAGUUAUGAAUUGUCUUUUUUGACAAAAGUCUUACCAAAGGUAGACACAUCCACAAUACUAAAAAGAGCUGCAAAUGCUAUAUUUGAACAUGGUGGCAUCAUAAGGAAAAUUGAAAACCUUGGUUCAAGACCGACCCCUUAUAAAAUAAGUUCUCAUGGACAAGUUCAUAAAGAAGCAAGUUACUUUGUGUAUACAUUUGAUUUUCCUCCUGCAAAGUUGAGUGUCCUGAAUGAAGUCUUGGCACGAGAUGUAGAUGUAAUACGCAAACGUAUAUUCAGGGUUACACCUGAAGAACCAGUGGAUUGCAUGUUAGAAGAAGAAAUCAAGCCUGCACCGUAUAGAAAAGAGGUUCAAGAUAUGAUUGAAGAAGGACGAAGAAAGGCGGCUCAGAAAAAGAAAUUUUCAUAUGGUAAUAACUUAAAAAUAUAUCCAUUCCAAAAAUAGUUGCAACCAAUAUUGUUUAUGUAAAUAGGUAUGUUUAUAGUAAAAUAAAUAAUUUAUAACAUA